AUGACCCUGGGCUGCAGCGGCGGGAGCAGCAGACCGCGCGGCUUGCCGGCGGCGCCCUCGCCCGAGGAGGAGGAGGCGGAGGAAGAGGAGGAGGAGGAGGAGGACGAGGCGCUCUCCGACCUGGAGGACGGCGACAUCGACGUGGUGGGCCCCGCGCACGACCAUGGCCCGGCCACGUUCAGCGAGGAGGACGACGAGGAGGACGACGACGAGGGCGACCUGCGCCUCCGGCCCCCGGCCCCGGCCCGGGGGGAGCUCUCGCCGGCUCCGGCGGGCCCGGAGCCCGCGCCGGGGGACGGCCCGCAGCCCGCCCCGUCGGCCGCAGCGCCUCCGGCCGCGCCGGCGGCCUCGUCGUCGGGCGGCGCCGCGCCGGCCUCGGGGGCCGCGGGCGGCAAGAACCCGCUGGUGAAGCCGCCCUACUCGUACAUCGCGCUCAUCACCAUGGCCAUCCUGCAGAGCCCCAAGAAGCGGCUGACGCUGAGCGAGAUCUGCGAGUUCAUCAGCGGCCGCUUCCCCUACUACCGGGAGAAGUUCCCCGCCUGGCAGAACUCCAUCCGCCACAACCUGUCGCUCAACGACUGCUUCGUCAAGAUCCCCCGCGAGCCGGGCAACCCGGGCAAGGGCAACUACUGGACCCUCGACCCCGAGUCGGCCGACAUGUUCGACAACGGCUCCUUCCUGCGCCGCAGGAAGCGCUUCAAGCGGCAGCAGCAGCAGCUCCACCCGCAGCCGCCCGACCUCCUCCUGCGCGCCGCCGCCGCCGCCGCCGACCCGGCCGCCUUCCUCCCCGGCUUCGCCUACGGACCUUACGGCUACAACUACGGGCUCCAGCUGCAGAGCUUCCACCACCACCACCACCACCACCACCACCCGGCGGGAGGCGGCGGCGGGGCGGCGGCGGCGGCCGCGGGGACUUUCCCCUUCCAGCCGCCGCCUUGCGCCCUGCCCGCGCCGCCCGGCCCCGCCGCCUCGGCGGCCGCCCCGUCCGUCUUCCCCGGCGGCCUCUCGUCUUUCCUGGGCGGCGAGCUGAGCUGCAGGAAGGCCUUCUACCCGGCCGGCCAGCUCAGCCCCACCGCCUCCCUCCUGCAGAGCCUUAAGACGGACCAGGGGGCCGGCGGCAGGCCGUCCUUUUCCAUAGACAACAUCAUCGGGGGCGGCGGCGGCGGCGGCGCGGCCCCCCCGCCCGCCAGCAGCGCCGCCAGCACCGCGCCCGCCUCGCCUUUCCCGGCGGGCCACGGCGGGGGCCAGGCGCAGGUCCUGGCCAUGCUCUCCCCGGCCCUGACGCCCAUCCCCAGCCACUUGAGCCUCACCCACGAUCCCCUCCUGCAGUCCGGACAGAACUUUGCCAGCAAACUCACAAACCUCAACAGCUGCCCUUUCUAA